AUGCGUCGUAGAUUCUCUAUUUCAACAAUUGUAGUUGCUUGUUGUCUUACUACUUACGACUCUCUUUUAUCCCUUUUUCCGGGGGAAAUUAAACAAAUAGGUCGCAGGGAAAAAGGGUGGAGGAGAACAAUCAAUCGUCUUCCUCUUUCACAAUUUCCGCAGAUCUAUCUCUACGAAUUUCCACGCUGUAGAAGAGUUUCUUCUCGAUUAGAGGCAAAAUCCAUGGAAAUCGAGGUCUCUUGCUCUUCUGAUGAUACCCUUAGCAAAGUAAAUCGCGUCGAUUUGGAUAGUAUUCGCGUCAAGCGGAAGACGCUGCAGAAUUUGCUCGAGGAUUGCCAGAGAGCUCUCGAGCUGCUAAACCUGACCGAUAAUACUACUCCUGGCGGCGAUGAAAUCGGAGACGAUAGUAGCGACGGCGUUGGCCAACAGAGCGACUCACCGGACAGCGAAGAGUUCUCUUCUUCUUCUGAUCCAGGAGAUCCUGAAGCCGAUAAAUAUAAAUUGAUAUCUGAGAGAGAACAUGAGAAUAUAAAAGCUUGUGACUCGAUUCAUGAUUCUGUGACCUGUUUUCUUGCGCAGUUCUAUGAUCUCAUCAAAUCUAGAGUUGAAUGUCAGGACUUUCGUGAAAAGAUAGAGUUAGCCCAAGUCUCAGUUUCCCAAGAUCUUGCUGAAGUUGGUAGCUCCUGGGACGUAGUUAGUGAAGAUGAUGUAUGGGGUGAGGGAACUAUUGCUCAAACAGACGAAGAUUAUGUGGUUGUUAGGGAAGAAGAUAUAGCAGACGGUAUUGCGUGUUUCAUGGCUACGUAUUUAUCAUCCCUUAAGCAGACAAAGGAUAUAUCACCUGAUCAGCUUCAGAAAGCACUUAGCACGAUGUUUUCAGUAAAGAAGAGAAAGGGGAAGCUUCGAAAAGCAUGGGAAGGCAGUAAAGUUAUUUACAACGUAGCAUCAUGGAGCGCAACUGCAAUAGGGAUAUAUCAAAACCCGAUGAUCCUGAGCAUUGCAUCCAAAGCCUUCUGGGUGUCGUGCAAGGCUAUAUCAAAGCUUGUCUGAAUUGAAGACACAUCUCAGAUGGUGCUCAUAAGUUACAGCAGCCUCACGACUCAGCAGUGUUCUAUAUCAUUUCAUUUAUUUCUGUACAUAUGCCAUUUGUUGCUUCUUCUUGUCUGUGAUAUAAUUAUCCUCAACACGCAAUCUUAAUAAUUAGUUUGAUCUCAGUUUGAAAUGCUUGUUUCUGAAGUCUUGGUGUGAUUAGAUACCAGAAAAUGAAAACCCUAAAUAAUAAAGAAACUAAAA